AUGAGAAGCCAAUCUGGUAUGAUGUGUAUGCUGCAUUUCCACCAAAAAGAGAACCCACCUAUGUGCAUCCACCAAAACGUCGAUCAAAGCCUGUUGAAACCGUGCGUGCAAUUUUUUACCAAGAAGAUGUCAUAA